AUGAAAAUUUCCGAAACCAAGGCUGACGGUUAUCUGAAACUAAUGGCUAAAACCACGUAUGAGGAGGCUGUAUCUACUGGCCAUAUGGCAUUCAUGGCUGAACAAGACGAGCACUGUGAAGAUUUGUUCCAACUGAAGUUGGGUGCUAUUCCAAGCAAGGCCAAAGUGACUGUGAGAAUAAAGUACGUUGGACUGAUCGAUGCCGAAAAUACGGAAUGCGAUGGGAAGAAACAAUCGAUUGCCCGAUUCACCUUACCCACAGUGUUAAAUCCCCGUUAUCGUCCUCAAGAUAUGAACAAAGGGGAGUUUCAGCCGUUGUCAGAAGAAGGCGGUUUGAAGCCCUAUGUGGCCAAAUUUCACGCAGAAAUCAACAUGCCACUCACGGUUGUCAGUGUCACCUCACCCGUGGAUAAAUUUGAUACGGAAUGGACUUCAUCCGACCAUAAAAUGGCAAAAGUCAAGUUAACCUCGGAAUUAAAAGGUGAUCACGAUUUUCAAAUGAUCAUCCACAUGGAUGGCCACCUGAGUACGUUUGCUGUAUGUGAACAUGGACACACGGAGGCGAGUAACAUCCUGGGGAUGGACUGUUUGAUGACUCAAUGGAUGCCGGAUUUCUCUCAGUUUCAACAUAAACAGGAAUUGAGAACGGAACUGUUCUUCAUUAUCGAUCGGUCCGGUGAGUUGAUGCAUUUUGGCUGGGUGGCUUCUAAGGGAAAUAUCAUUCCACCCUCAGGAUACUUUACUUUUAUAAGUGUUGGUUCUUCCUGUCACCCGAUAUAA